AUGACUCUCACGGCGCUGGAAAUUGAAGUCAUCUCGAAGAACCCGCUCGACGAUGCAUUGGAUCGCUUCCACGACAAGCUACGUACCCUCGACGAGACCGACCGAUCAUGGCAAGACACGACUGCAAGCAUUGUUUUGACGCUGGUCGAUACCGGCGCUGCGUUGAACCUUGGUUCUAGAGCCGGAAACGAGACCCUAUCCGAUGAUCUUUUUCCCCUAUAUCGGAUCAUCCUAAAAGGGCCUUUCAGCAGCGAACUUUUCCGCCCUCUUGUAUGUUGCGUUGUCGACAAGGCUCCCGAUAUUGACGUCUGGGAAGUGGUCUUCGAUACGAUCGAAACCUUCCACAGCACGUCUCCCCUAUCCAGCAUUGCCCCGACUUUCCAAGGAACACCAGUAAAGACAAGCUCGAGCCGGCUUGCCGAUAGCGAAACGCGCGAUAUUAUCGAAGAAGAGCUCUUCUUUGAGACAAAGGACUGUACCUUUCGCGGCGUUGCGGGUUUCUGCGAUAAGUUCUUCAACGCAAAGGACUGGCGCCCAGAGCAGAGAAAGAUGCAAAAGGCAGUGAUGGCGAUGCAUGAUGGAAAGAAAUGGAUAGGUUUCCCGGCAAUUCCCGACGAAAAACCGGUCUGGGACUGGCUUUGCUUGUUGGAAGAGCGCUCCUUGGUCAACGCGCCAUACAAGCUUCACACAACCAACACUGCCAACCAGUUCAAGGAGCGAAAAGGCCAGAUGGAUCUCUUCUUUCAGAUACCGGCAAAAGGCACGAGUAGUUUCAAGUAUAAGCAGGUCCUUGUUGUUGGGGAACAAAAGAAGUCGAAUGAUUCAAGCAAGUUCAAGGCAACUCUCCUCCAACUUACACGCUAUGUUCGAGGCGUCUUUGCCGAUCAACCAACGCGCCGAUUCGUCCAUGGCUUCACCCUUUGCGCUUCCAUAAUGGAGCUCUGGGUCUUCGACCGAUCCGGGCCGUACAGCUCAGGGCCAUUCGACAUUCACGAUGAGCCCGAAAAGUUUGCGCGCGCCAUUGUUGGGUAUGCUACAAUGGAUGACGAUACAAUGGGCCUGGACACAUUCAUCGAGCGAGGGGAUUGGCAUCGUUGUAUUACAGUAGACGAUACAAAUGGCAAUGAAAUGACAGCCAAGCUGGGGGUGCUACUAGUCAGGCAGAAGGCCAUUGUCUGCCGCGGAACGACGUGCUUCAAAUCCGGAAAUCAUGUUGUAAAGUUCUCCUGGGCAUCGGACAAGCGGAAGCUUGAGGUGCAACAGCUACAGCUAGCAGAAGAGAAGGGCGUUGAGGGGGUGGCAAGAGCAGUUGCGUAUUGUUGCAUUACUACUAUUGCAGAUAUGCGCAAGGGUCUCCAGUUUUCAGAACGUCACCGGUUCCGGAAUCACCAGUUCCAGGAUGAAGAUGCUCACUUGAAUGAUCUACCAUCGGUUGCAGCGGGCAAGACAUCAAGCAACAAGCGCGAAUCAUCGACCGAGUACACAUCCGAUGUGUCUAGAUCCAAGAGGCAGCGCUCGAGCCAUCAUCAAACGUCAAAGCUAGCCAGCAAGGUCAACAAUCAGUUCUCUGUCGCCAAGACUAAGCCGAGUUUAUAUACGCAAAGUAAUGACCUGUGGGAGAAUAAGAUCUACUCAUGCCUCAUUAUUUCGCCAGCCGGCCGUGUCAUUAGUAACUACAAGACGAUAAGGGAACUGCUGGAAUCAAUGCGCGACGCAAUCAGGGCUCAUCAGUCACUCUACACAGCUGGCAGCAUUCUCCAUCGGGAUAUUUCCUCGAACAAUAUUAUCAUUACGAAUCCCAAGGAAGCAAAUGGCUUUUCAGGAAUGCUUAUAGACCUUGACCUUGCCAUUGUAAAAGAUAGUAGCCCGAGCGGUGCACGACACCAGACGGGCACGAUGCAGUCUAUGGCUAUCGAGGUGCUGCGCAAGGUUGAUCAUACCUAUCGCCACGAUCUUGAGUCAUUUUUCUACGUCCUUCUUUGGAUGUGUGCCCGCCAAUCAUGGAAUAAUGGCUUCUCCGGCAAACGGAAGCCGCCUAGGGAAAGCUUAUUAAGGAAAUGGGAGGUCGGAAGUUUCAAGGACAUUGCGAGGACUAAAGCAGGCGAUAUGGCGGUUGAUGGGCUUGAAGCGAUUAUGGGUGAAUUUCCAGACGCCCUUGAAGCUAUCAAGCCCCUCUGCUUAAGGAUUAGGAAGAUCCUCUUCCCCUUGGACGAGGAUGAGAGGAUGAACUUUGGAACUCCUACUGGAGAUCCGAAUCAACUGUACGGGCCUAUUAUUGCAGCGUAUGAUGGAUCAAUCCGGGAGAUGUAG